CAGAACGUCGCGAGGCGCCGCUGGUGGACAAACGAGCCGGUUACAGUUAAAAACCUGCCGCGCCGAUAAACUUCGGGCUCGGGUUUUAUUAUUAUAACCGUCGUUAUUAUUGAUAACCGAGGCUGUACGUAAUAAAUUCGUAUUAGAGGAAUUGAGUAAAGGCGCUGGGCUCGGUUUUUGCGCAUUCGUUGUGGAAUAAACGAAGAGAAGAGGACGAGUGACGUCGUUUCUAAAGGAGACUUGGCUGUAAUCCCUGCGCUAUCUUUAGGUUAGCUGACCUGCUAACAAAGAAAGUCUUGUGUCAGAAGGAGAAAUCCCCACUCAUUUUCUUUAGUUAUGAGUCAUGUGGUCGUCGACAGCUCACACGGUCUAGAUCAGCAGCUUUGUGUUCUAGACUUGAACUCUGCUGACGUGCAGGGUGGAGGCACCGGCAAGCGUUACAUUCCUCCUCACUUGAGAAACAAAGAUAUUGCUAAAAAUGCAGGAAAUGCUUAUUCCGCUGGUAGACAGAGCGGUUAUUCAAUGCCACCAGUUCUGAGCUUUUCUCCUAAGCAGUAUCCUCAAAGUUGGCAUCCUGAAAGAACCCCCAGAAAUAAUUAUCAGCCUGGAUGGGAUGACUUUAGGACUGGUUACCCAAGAUACCCUUCCCAGGAGCUUUCCUUCUAUCACACCUACAGUGGUGGCUGGCCAGAGAGAUGUGACUCUCCUGGCUGGGAUGCUGCACGUAGCAAUGGCUUUGUUAAUGGAUACCAUGACACUCGCAUGAAUGGAGGUGCAAACUUUGGACGUGGUCCUCCUCGCAAUGACCGAGGUGGCCGUGGAAGCUUCAGAGGCAACAGAGGCAGUGCGACCUUCACCCAGCCUAUACACAACACAACCUUCGUAGGCUUUGAGAACAAAGAUGUGGGAUGGAAUGCAGCUAUAAACAGAGAUGCUUACUCCAGCUUUGGAGCACGUUCUGACAGAGGAAAGCCUGCCUUCUUUAAUGACCGGGGUACAGGAUCACGAGGAAGGUAUGAGCGUGGGGGUUUCGGUGGUGGUGCAGGAAUGGUAAACACUCGGUGGGUAGAAGAGUCCAGGGAUGAGGAGGACUGGUCAAAGCCUACCCCACCCAAUGAGCGUGUGGAACAUGAGCUGUUUUCUGCAAGCAACACGGGAAUUAACUUUGAGAAGUAUGAUGACAUUCCUGUGGAGGCCACCGGAAACAAUUGUCCUGGCCCUAUUGAGAAUUUCCAUGAUGUUGACAUGGGGGAGAUCAUCAUGGGCAACAUAACUCUGAGCCGCUACACUCGUCCCACUCCCGUGCAGAAGCAUGCCAUUCCCAUAAUCAAGGCCAAGAGGGACCUUAUGGCCUGUGCUCAAACAGGCUCUGGGAAGACUGCAGCGUUCCUGCUCCCAGUGCUGAGUCAGAUCUACACUGAUGGACCUGGAGAAGCCCUGCAGGCUUCUAAAGCUAGUGGUCAGGAGAACGGAAAAUACGGCCGCCGCAAGCAGUAUCCCAUCUCUUUGGUCUUGGCUCCAACCAGAGAACUUGCUCUACAGAUUUAUGAUGAAGCCCGGAAGUUUGCAUACCGCUCUAGAGUCCGCCCGUGUGUGGUGUACGGUGGGGCUGACAUUGGCCAGCAGAUCCGUGACCUAGAGAGAGGCUGUCAUCUGCUGGUGGCCACACCUGGACGUCUGGUAGACAUGAUGGAGCGUGGCAAGAUUGGCCUGGACUACUGCAAUUACCUGGUUCUGGAUGAGGCUGACAGAAUGCUGGACAUGGGCUUCGAGCCACAGAUCAGACGUAUAGUGGAGCAGGACACCAUGCCUCCCAAAGGCGCACGUCAGACUAUGAUGUUCAGCGCUACAUUUCCCAAGGAAAUCCAGAUAUUGGCACGUGACUUCCUUGAGGAGUACAUUUUCCUGGCCGUGGGCCGCGUGGGAUCCACUUCAGAGAACAUCACCCAGAAAGUGGUCUGGGUGGAGGAGAGCGACAAGCGCUCGUUUUUGCUGGACCUGCUUAAUGCCACAGGCAAGGAUUCUCUUACACUGGUGUUCGUGGAGACUAAGAAAGGUGCAGAUGCUCUCGAGGACUUUCUUUAUCGCGAGGGCUAUGCCUGCACCAGUAUCCAUGGCGACCGUUCUCAGAGGGAUCGUGAGGAAGCGCUUCACCAGUUCCGCUCUGGGCGUUGCCCUAUUAUGGUCGCCACAGCUGUGGCAGCCCGUGGGCUUGAUAUCAGCAAUGUGAAGCAUGUCAUCAACUUUGACUUGCCCAGUGACAUUGAAGAAUACGUCCAUCGUAUUGGGCGUACUGGGCGUGUGGGAAACCUUGGUUUGGCCACUUCUUUCUACAAUGAUAAGAACAGCAACAUCACCAAAGACCUGCUGGACAUUUUGGUGGAGGCCAAACAGGAGGUUCCUUCCUGGCUGGAGAGUUUGGCUUUUGAGCACCAGCACAAGAACAGCAACCGUGGACGCUCCAAGAGGUUCUCUGGAGGUUUUGGGGCCAGAGAUUAUCGUCAGAUGUCUGGGGGCGGCAAUGCCUUUGGCAACCGUGGUGCUCGCAACCCAGGAGGCCAUGGAGGAAACCGAGGUUUUGGAGGGAAUAAGGGUGGCUUUGGGAAUUUUGUGAGCGAUGGCUACGGUGGAAGUUACGGCAACUACGGAGGGAACUACACCCAAGUGGACUGGUGGGGCAACUAAGUGUCUCAGCGCAGCGGGUCACCACGCCAAACUAGCUGAACGGAAACCACAUGUUAACAUAGCCAGACUCUACGCCCUGUGUAGCUUUAAGAACUCGCAGUACAUUACACGCUGUGAUUCUCUGUCUGCAUUCUGAAUGGAGCUUAAAGAGAGAGAAUGGCAUGUGGGCAGAGACAGAGCGUCACUGUCAGACAGGAAACAACGCGGACGCCCAGUUGUGUGUUUUGAUCUAGAACCUUGGACUUAGUUUUCAACUGCACUUUUCUUUCUUUGUUUAGAAACAAAACAAAAAAGGACAAAAAACGGAGGAUCAUUUAUAUGUUAAUGUACUGUGCCUUUAAAUUUAGACAGGAGUUUUCUUUCAUUUUCACUGAAUGAACUAGGCCAAGAGCUCAAUUUUUGUUUUGUUGUAAAGGCAUAUAAACGUUUGUACUUAAUCAAACCUUGGCAAACCUUGGAUAACGUGACUUAAACGAGUCACGGUUCCAUUCGAACCUCAAAUUGUCACAGGGGUAUCAUGUAGCCUACAGUACAGGCCAGAGAACUAACAGCUACUGGAAACCAGCACAGACGUGGUGGAUUCAAGCGAUGAAUCCUCUGUGUGGCAACGUUUUGUUCUAAGGAACAAAGUUCUGACUUCUUUUUUUUUUGUUUAGUUUGUUUUGCUCACUCUAUCCUGGAUAGGCACCUAUUUAGGGAUAUGGUAGUCUUCAAAAAAGGCCAUUCCAGUUGUGAUGAGAAUUUUCACGACAAAAUGGUAGAAACACUCUGUGUUACUGACACUGUAGUUUAAAGAUAUAUACAGUGCUGGAACUUGUUACUCCACUGCUUUUAAUUGACUUGACAGUGUUAUGGCAGCUAGUAAGUAUCACAUGCUAGCCACUGUGGAAGUGGGCGUUUUUGUUGUUUUUUCUUGAAACAUUUUGAAGGGAAAGAACAGAAGAUUCUUUAUGAAAAAAAAAAAUACUAAACCUUUUGGUGAAAUGUUUCUUCACAAAAAACAAAAACAUGCCUGCCAUUUUGAAGGCAAAGUUCAAACGGCUUCAAACGGACCAUAGUACCAAAGCGGCCUUGCCUCUCGUCAUGGCCACUUUGGUCGUAUACGCAUGCUAGUGUUUUGUUUUUUGGUCAAGGGCAGAGGACAAAAUCUGUCACAGGCUUUACUUUAUUACGUUUUCUCUUUUCAAGCUGCGUUGGAGGCAUGGCUCCUUUUUUCCUAGGCAGAAGCGUUAGGAGAUGGCUGCGAGUUCAUUUUGAGGCAUUGGCAGAUAUGCGCAGGGUUUUCUGAGUUAGGCCUGGUGAGUGUGCACGGCUGCGGUCAGGAUCACUGUGCGGUGGCCAAAAAAACCCAGGUUUUCCCUCCUUGUGGUACAUUUUUAAUGCUGUCGUCUCCUGGAGUUCAUCUGCUCUGAGGUAAACUUACCGCUGGCCGUAGAGCCGGCUCUCUGCUUCCUUUUCAAAAAAGACUGAGGGAGCUUCAGAGAAGAAGAAGAGUACAAGGAGGAGGGGAAAAGGCAUUUAACUUAAGUGCAAUAGAUUUUUCUUCUCAAGCGUGUUGUGCCUUGACAUUUUUUAAACCGAUGAAUUCAAGCGUAUGCAUUGACAGUAUUGAGAACUUAAAGAUGAAUGGUGCUAUUUCAGUUAGGUCUAGGCCCAUGUAUGUUGUGCCCAUCAAGUUUUACAAAGUUGUUUUAUUGCACAUCUAGAGUUUUAUAUCAAUGUCUUGAGUGCGUGUCCUCAAGCUUCCAAAUAUUGUGAAUGGAGAGAUGGAAACGCAGCUUGUUUACAAAAUGGGAAGGGAUCUCAAUAUUUACCAGGAUUUAUUUGGGACCAGGGGGAUCAGCAGUGGGGGAAUUUAGCUAUUUGCACACAGAUUUCUAGAUUCUACUUUUGCUGCUAGUUUUGUGUAAUUUAUUAAGCAUUUUUUGAGAAAUAUUUAUUUUUAUAAGCCUCAAAGUGAUUCUUUGAAAGUUUCAAGAAACUUGACCAAAAGACAGUACAAAAACACUGGCACUUGAAUGUUGAAUGUCACCUGUAUGCGUGAAAUUUCUAUACUCUGGGGUAGUGUGAGCUUUUAAUGUUUCAGACAUAUUGGACUCAGUCAGUAUCCACAGCUGUUGAAGGCCUAUAGGCCAUAUUUCUGUACUAAAUUUCUAAUUGGCUUUCGAAAUUGGAAAUUGGGGGGGGAGAAACAUGCCAAGGUUUGGAACAAAGUGUUCAAAUGACCUAAUCACUUCUUAAAUGUAUCAUUGCAAAAAAAGUGUCCAGUUUCUCCAAAUGUGCAUUUUUUCUUUGUUUCCUUUAAAAUUGGAAUUUGUUCUGUUUGAUUUUUAUUUCAGUGAAUGUCUGGCACAUGGCAAUCUUCAACAUGUGGUUCUUCUCUAUUGUUGCAUUUGCAUAUACAGCACUUCUGGGUUUCUGAGGAGAAGCUAGCAAGCGCUACAGCUAGCAAUAAGUCUUACUGUGGCUUUGCGGGCUUAAAUUCACGGCCUGCGGAGGUGGAACGAAAGCGUAUCGCUUGCUGGCUUUCCUGAGAACAACCGGGAGCGCCUUAGAUUUAGUAUUUGCUUUAUGUAGUAGUGUAUGUAGAAGCUAUGCACUGCAUGAGAAGACUCAGCUGUGCAUUUAUUGUAUGAUUUUACCAAAAUAAAAGUUUGAAAUGCUAAUUCCUUACAAAACCAAGCAUGUUUUCUAAAACAAUCAAUGUAGCAAAAAGGGGGGGUGGGGGUCUUGUAGCAGCUGUUAAUAGUGUGGCUAAAAGUUAUUGGCAUUGUUUGGAAUUCAAUUGGUUCAAGUUUGUUUACAACAUAUAAAUUGGUUUCUUUCCUGA